AUGGCACCGGUGGGCGGUGGUGCAGCGGACGAGCGGUGGGCUUCGUUGUGCAACUGCGUGGUGAACUUCUUGCUGGAGGAGCGGUAUCACCUCACGGCGCUAGAGCUAUUGCAGGAGCUCCAGGAGGACGGCCGCUCCGCGCACGCCCUCCGCCUCCGCGCCUUCUUCUCCGAUCCAGCGCUCUUCCCGCCCGAUCUCGUCGCCCGCGCAUCCUCUGCGCCGCCCGGUGCUGAUCCACAGAUUUUGCUAGAAGAGAAAAUAGCAGCAGAAGAAAAGUUGGCACUCGUGGAGUAUGAUCUGCGCCUAGCCAAAGAGGACCUUUCACAGUUGAAGCUUGAGUUACAAAGACAAAAAGAAUCAUCUCCUGAUGAUUCAAAUGGGCUCCUUUUGGGUGCUUCUAUACGUGAAGGAUCUACUAGCCAACAAGACAAAUGGGAUACAAAAAUUUCAGCAUUAGGCCCUCUAAAGGAUAAUGAGCGAAAAGAUCUUAACUGUGCUGUAAAAGAAUACUUGCUUUUGGCAGGGUAUCGACUUGCUGCUAUGACAUUCAUUGAGGAGGUUCCUGAUCAAGACCUUGAUGUUUGGCCAAACAGUUCAGCUGGUGUCCCUGAUGCCCUUCGUCGUUAUUACUAUCAGUACCUUUCAUCUACUGCAGAGGCUGCAGAGGAAAAAAUAUCCAUACUUAAGGAAAAUGAAACAUUACUUAAGGACAAUGAACGACUCAAUGCUGAAAAUGAUUCCUUGAUGAAGAGCAGGGAAGGAGCUAAUAGUCAGGUUGCCGCUUUAAGAAAGUCUUUGGAUGCUGCACACAAAGAUAUAAAAGACAAGGAACAAAUGAUUCAAGACUUGAGGCAGUCACUGGAUGUCCAGAGGAAGGAGCUGAAUGACUGCAGAGCUGAAAUUACAGCCCUGAAGAUGUACAUUGAAGGGACUCAAUCAAGCAAGCAAUUGUUUGUUGGAACUACUGAUGGUGUGAAGUCGCAUUCCAUUGCUAAUUCUGUUGGCGCAUCCUCAUUGAAUAAUGAAGAUGAGGACUCAAAAGGAUCUGAAGCCGUAACAAAUAAGCUAGCAUCGGCAGUACAUAUUACUGAUGAUACACAGAAAGAUCGCCAAGUUCUAGAAAGUGUUGAAGGUUCCUCAAUUUCAGAAACUCCAGUUUCUUUCACAACCGAUGAGAAUGGCAGCUAUGGUACUUCAGAAGAAAAUAAAUCUUUGUCAAAUAUCUCAUCGAACAAUGUAUGUUUUCAGAGUAAUCUGCAUGGAGCUUCCAUGACUGGUAAAAGCCAGGGGAGUUCAGAUGGCAUGUCCAUGUAUUUAUCUAUUGAGAAACUAGAGAGCCCAAGUAAACAAAAAUGUUCAGAUAAGAUGGCUUUGGAGACUAUAAAGAUAGUUUCAGAUGCACUUCCAAAGAUUGUUCCUUAUGUGCUCAUAAACCAUCGUGAGGAACUUCUUCCAUUGAUCAUUUGUGCUAUAGAAAAGCAUCCAGAUAGCGAUGUACGAGAUUCCUUGACUCAUACAUUGUUUAACCUGAUAAAACGGCCUGAUGGAGAACAGAGACGCAUCAUAAUGGAUGCUUGUGUAGAAUUAGCAAAGAGCAUUGGUGAGAUGAGGACAGAAACUGAGCUACUUCCACAAUGUUGGGAACAGAUAAACCACCAAUAUGAGGAGCGUAGAUUGCUUGUUGCCCAGUCGUGCGGAGAACUUGCCAUUUAUGUCCGUCCAGAGAUACGAGAUUCCCUGAUUUUAUCCAUUGUGCAACAACUCGUUGAGGAUGCUGCAGUGGUUGUAAGGGAAGCUGCAACACAUAACCUGGCAUUGCUUCUUCCUAUGUUUCCAAACCUGGACAAAUAUUAUAAGGUUGAGGAGUUAAUGUUCCAAUUGGUCUGUGACCCCUCUGGGGCAGUUGUGGAAGUUGCACUCAAGGAACUUGUUCCUGCUGUAGUAAGAUGGGGAGAUAAACUUGAUCAGAUAUCAAGAGUGCUAUUGGCUCAUAUCCUGGCAUCUGCUCAGCGGUGUCCACCUAUUUCAGGUGUUGAAGGUACAAUAGACUCUCAUCUUCGUGUUUUAGGAGAACAAGAGCGCUGGAAUAUUGGUGUCCUUCUUCGAAUGUUGGCUGAGUUGCUACCAUUUAUUCAUCAGAAAGCUAUACAGACUUGCCCCUUUGCAUCAGUUGAUCCAAUAAGCUCUACACCAGAAAACUUCUCAGCAUCCUGCCUAAAAUCGUGUGCAGCAGGUGACUCAGAGUGGUCAGCAUUUGAGUGGAUGCACACUGAUUGCCUGCCGGAUUUGAUCAAGCUUGCCUGCUUGUUGCCUGUGAAAGAAGAUAACUUAAGAACCAUCAUCGCAAAGUACCUCUUGGAAGUAUCUGGACUCUAUGGCAAAGAUUAUCUGGAGCACAUUAUGCUACCUGUAUUUCUUGUAGCAGCUGGUGAUAUUGAUAGUGGCGAUUUCACCUAUUUUCCUCUAUCAAUCCAGCCAAAAGUCCGUGGCUUGCGGCCGAAAACUUCAACUGCUGAAAAACUUGCCAUCAUGUGUGUCUUCCCAUUAUUGUUAUCUGGUAUUUUGGGUUCUCCUUCCAGUCAUCAACAGUUGGAAGAAUAUCUGAGAAAAGUACUUAUCCAAAACACCAAGGAUGGUUCAUUUUCUAUGCAUCAUACUACUGAGAUCAUUAAUGCAGUUCGGUUUCUUUGCUUAUUUGUGGAGCACCAUAGUGUCAUCUUUAACAUUUCGUGGGAGAUGGUUGUGAGCUCCGAUACCUGCCUGAAAAUAAAUGCUGCGGCUCUACUGAGAGCACUUGUACCCUACACUGAUGUGAAAGUAGCAUCAACUCAUAUUUUGCCAGCACUUGUUACUCUUGGCUCUGAUCAAAACUUGAAAGUAAAAUAUGCCAGUAUAGAUGCAUUUGGAGCUGUUGCUCAGCAUUUCAAAAAUGACAUGGUUGUUGACAAAAUACGCAUUCAAAUGGAUGCUUUUCUUGAGGAUGGAUCACAUGAAGCUUCUAUUUCUGUUAUUCGUGCUCUUGCAGUAGCUGUGCCUCAUUCAACAGAUAGGCUACGUGAAUAUAUCCUGCUCAUUGAAUUCCAUGUUUACAUCUUGACUCAAAUAUUUAAGAUGACAAGCAUCACACCUGCCGGCGAUGAUAUUGAACGGCGUUGUGAAAGAGCAAAUGUACUCUGCGAAGCGCUCCGGGCUCUGGAUGCUACAGAUCUUCCUGCUAUGGGUGUACGUGAUCUGCUUCUGCCAUCAAUACAGAAUUUGUUAAAAGAUCUGGAUGCUCUAGACCCUGCGCACAAGGAGGCUUUAGAAAUCAUAAGCCGGGAAAGGUCAGGAGGUACGCUGGAAAGCAUCAGCAAGGUAAUGGGGGCACAUCUUGGGAUUGCAUCAUCUGUCAGCAGUUUCUUUGGUGAGAGCAGUCUCCUCACAAAGAAAGAAGGUGGCGAGGAACAUGACCCUGCUGGCCCCACCGCUCCUGAGCCAAACCUGCAGGCUCAGCCAGAGAGCACAAGGUUUGGUCGCAUAAUGAGGAGCGGCUUUGGAGACAUAUUGCGAGGUCAAAGCAAAGGAUAG